AGGGCACUGUUGUCACGCCCCUUUCACCAUUCAUUUUCUCUUUGCUCUGUCGACGUACUUUUGAGUGAAAAGUCCAGGGUUUGAUAAGCAAGCCUAGCUCAAAAUGAGCCUAGCUUUGUCGCAAUCAACUUGAAACCACCUAUGAAUUGAUUCGAAAAGAGUUUUUAACCAUCGCUGCCAUGCAUUUUGCGAUUCCUGACACCGUCGAGUUCACCAACAGCGGGGGCUCCGUUUUCGUUGGGUUCAAUGUACACAUCAAUGGUACGUACCAUUGUAGUGUGCGGUACCGACAGCUCCUUUGUCUCCACGAGCAGCUGAAACGAGAGCUGGACCAUCCAAAUUGUCUGCCCCCUUUCCCACCUAAGAAACUCCUUCCACUCACCCAAGGACAGCUGGAUGAACGAAGACUCAUGCUCGAGAAAUACCUUCAAACUGCGAGCCAAGAUCCUCGGGUGUCAAACAGCGAGCUGUUCAAAGGCUUCCUUUUGUCUGCUCAAUUAGAAAGUAGCAAGGAAACCAGCACGCCAGUGACUUUGGACGUUCAUUUGAUGAACGGACAGAAGAUCGGUCUUGAGGUGCUCACGUCCGACCCGUCAGAUGAAGUCUUGGAGAAUUUGAGCCAAAAGCUUCACCUGGCGCCAGAGUUUGUAAAAUUCUUCUCCUUGUUCUUAAUCCGGAAAGAGGAAGAUGGCGAAAUUUCUGUGAUUAAAAAACUUGAAAACUAUGAAUCUCCAUACAUAUCAAUGAAAAGUCUACCAGGCCUUCACCGCGUUGUUCUCCGGAAGAAUUUUUGGGAUCUGUCAAUUGAAACAAUGCUGGCGGAAGACAGGGUGGCGCUCAACCUGUUGUACACUCAGGCGAUUUGGGAGGUUGAGAGAGGUUGGAUUUUGACUUCUAAUGACAUUCGAAAUAAGCUGUCGUCCCUACAAUCGAGAGGCGAAAAGCGAGAAUAUUUGGAGCUGGCCAAGGGCUUGAAAUACUACGGCUUCAUGCAGUUUGGGGAGUGCUGGUGCGACUAUCCGCAGAAAGGGAUGAGAGUGCUUAUCGGUGCUGGAAAUAAGGAGCUAAAUUUCCGAGUGCGACUGCAGACACCGGACGCUUCCUCAAGCUCAUCUUCCGACUCCAGUGAGACACUUAGUGAGGGCAGCUUUAGAGUUACUAGAAUGCGGUGCUGGAGGAUUACCACACUUCAUGCUGAGGAAGAAAGCGAGGCCCUUGGUGGCGUCGUCCGCCCUGGACCGAGACUCGAGCUUUCGUUUGAAUACCUGAUGGCAAAGGAUAGACUGCAGUGGAUUACGGUGGUGAGUGAUCAGGCAAUUCUGAUGUCAGCUUGUCUGCAGGCCAUGGUGGCCGAGCUUCUUGCUAAAAAGGGGCCCUCGACAAUUCCGAAACUUCCAAACAGACCCUGGUCGUUCAUGCGUAGAGAUGGCACCUUCCACAGGGUCAGACCUGUCACGAGGUCAAUUUCCAACGAUGCAAUAUCGGAUGUGAGCGUUCGGUCGCAAGACUCGAGUGUCAGCCGGCACGACGAAGGGAGGUCGUCAAUUAAACGCUUGUCGGGCCGACUCUCUGGCGUCUCGGUGAAGGGACAAAACAGUCCUUCGUCGCCCGCGAACCCCUUCGUUGAAAAUCACGCGUUUGACUGCAUUGGCGAUGACGACCUCUGAGCAGACUGACCGCGUCGCAACCUCCACGAAAAUUUUACCGUCCCUAGAUCGGCUCACGGACUGAAUUUUGCCAACAUUUUGUUCACAAUUGGUGCACCGGUUGCAGUCUCAAUUUUGUCUUACGGACCAAUACAAUUUCCAAAGACAGAAUUUGAGCUGCGUAUUUUACAGAUUUUGAAAUUUUUGAAAAAUGAAAUAUCAAUAGUGUCGUCUUAAGUUAGUGCCAACGUCGUUUUUAUAAAUAUUUUAGGCGGGGUCUUAAAAACCGAACCUCUUUACAUGUGUAGAUAUUAUACUUUGGGUGCAAUGACUUGACACGAUAACCACACGGCAACCUUGGCUACUUUUAUUAUUAUCGUUUAUAGGUGUAUUGAUUAUUACUCUCGUUGUCUAGAUGUCAAUUUUGUUUGAUACAAAAAAAUAUGAGCUACAGAAAAAACAAUAAUUUUAAGAUACUUUUGAGGAAGCAACAUGGAUGGGAUAUUUUUGUACAGGAUUGAAUAGACUGAAUGUGGGACGCGUUAUAAUAAUUGUUACUCUUAGUAGAAAACUGUUAUUCUUUCCUAUUGAGCAAUUUAAAGGACUUUAUAUUUUGAGGAGAUUCUAUCUUUAUUUACAUAUAUUUUUCUUUUGAUUUACUCGACAUUCUACAAGAUGUUCUCGAAGAAAUGAAGAUCUAGACUCUCUGUUUUGCUGUGUGUCCUCUCUUGCAAAAUAAAUUCUGAAUUGUACUAACUGGA